UCAAAUCUAUUUCUUAUUUUUUACGACAACCACAAGUAGGAUUAUUUUUCCCAACAUGGCUGUGUUGGUGUUGGACAACGGCGCGGGAACUGCAAAAGUUGGCUAUGCUACCGACAAGGAGCCUAGGAUAAUUCCCAAUUGUGUAACAAAAGCAAAAAAUGUGCGGACAAGAAUUUUCAUUGGUGAUCAAAUCGAUGACUGCAAAGAUCUAUCAGGGUUGUACUACAUGCUGCCAUUUCAGAAGGGCUUCCUGACCAACUGGGACAUCGAGAGACAAGUAUGGGACUACAUGUUCGGAAAAGAUGUCUUCCAGGUCAACUCAAAUGAAUGUACAGCUGUUGUCACAGAGCCAUGCUUCAACUUUGCCUCAGCUCAAGAAGCGAUGAAUGAAGUCUUCUUUGAAGAAUACCAGUUCAAUGCCCUGUACAGAUGCAAUGCAUCAUGUCUGAGUCAGUACAAGAGCCAGAAGGAGGAGCCAGGGAAGAACCUAUGUACGCUGGUGGUGGACACCGGCUACUCCUUCACACACAUCGUCCCCUACUUCAAAGGCAAGAAAAUCAAAGAAGCAAUCCGGAGAGUAAAUGUUGGAGGGAAAUUAUUAACAAACCAUUUAAAAGAAAUCAUAUCCUAUAGACAACUGAUGGUGAUGGACGAGACGUAUGUCAUCAACCAGGUAAAGGAAGAUGUCUGCUAUGUCGCCACCGACUUCUUCGCCGACAUGAAUGUGGCCAGGAAGCGGGGAAAGGAGAACACCAUUGCCCGAGACUAUGUGCUGCCAGACUACACCCACAUCAAGCGUGGCUAUGUCCGCCCCCAGGAAGACACCACGGGCAAAGCCAAGGACAACGAACAGUUAGUACGUAUGAAUAAUGAGAGAUUUGCUGUGCCGGAACUACUUUUCCAUCCAUCUGAUGUAGGAAUACAAGAAAUGGGAAUUCCAGAGGCUAUAAUCAACUCACUAGAACCAAUACAAGAAGGCCACUGUAUUUCAGAGAUGAAGCCACACCUACUUGGGAACAUCCUCUUGACGGGGGGGAACUGUCACCUGCCAGGAUUCGAUGAGCGAAUCUAUAGUGAUGUGCGGAAGUUGGCCCCUGACGAGUAUGAUGUAACAGUCACGAUGCCAAAAAACCCAGCAGCGUAUGCGUGGGAAGGUGGGUGCUUGCUGGCCAAGGAUCCCAAUUUCAGCAAGAUGGUCGUCACCAAGCAGGAGUUUGACGAACAUGGGCACAAUAUUUGUUAUGAGAGAUUUGAUGUGUAAUAUUUGUGUAAAUAAAUGUAUCAUUUGUAA